CCCGUUCCCGGGUCAGGGGUCCCUUCGCAGCUGGGAGCCGGGAUCUCCAUAUGCCCUUUUUAAUGUGCAAGGGGGCGUGUCUGUAUAUGUCAGCUUUUGAAGAUCUUUCCUGAGCCACCUUGCUGAUUUCGCCUCGAGGAGGGGCCUUCUUUUAGCCUGGGGUGGGGGUCCUGUCUUCCUCCCCGAGGAGCGGUAGAGUUGUUUAAAAUCCUUCCUUAACCUGUGGAUGGUUCAAGUCACGUCCUCAGUCACGGAAAGGGAGAUGAGUGAUCGGGAUAGAGAGAUUCGCUGAUUCUGCCCCUCUCCCGAGGAGUUAAGAGACCUCCAGCCGCGGCCAGAGGCUGGAGAAAACACCUGACGAUGUGGAACCCCAAUGCUGGGCAGCCAGGGCCAAAUCCAUAUCCCCCUAAUACUGGGUACCCUGGAGGUUCCAAUCCUGCCCACCCACCGCCUGUCAACCCUGCCUUUCCUCCAGCCUCCUUUCCCACACCCCCAGGAGCUCCCCAGGGGAAUCCAGCUUUCCCCCCAGUUGGGCCCCCUCAUCCUUUGCCACAACCAGGGUAUCCAGGAUACCAACCGUUAGGUCCCUACCCACCACCAUACCCACCACCUGCCCCAGGUAUGCCUCCUAUGAAUCCCUUGGCUCCUGGCAUGGCAGGACCAGGAAUGGUGAUGGACAAGAAGAUGCGGAAGAAAAUGAAGAAAGCUCAUAAAAAGAUGCACAAACACCACAAGCAUGGCAAGCAUUCCUCCUCCUCCUCUUCCAGCAGUGACUCUGACUGAAUACAGGGCCUGGACCCCUCCCUCAAGUCUCUCCAGUUCUGCUCUCCCAUCAAGCUUCAGAUGCCAUCUUGCACUGGGGGAAAUUAGCCCUUAAGUCUCUCUACCCACCCUCCCCUAAUCUGAGCUUCACUCUUCUAUUCAGCCCUAACCGGCUAGGGAAAAUGGGAAAAGAAUUGCUAUGGGCUAGCAAAGGUUUUGGAUAGAGCUUUUAGCUGAUGAGUUUUGCAGGAGAACUGUAUUUUGAAGAUGGCUCACCAUCUUUGAGCUAAAUGCUGAAGACAAGUCUAAGAACUAUAACAUGUGAUUUUUUUUAACUUUUAUAGUACUUGUGGUUGGGGAGGUUUUAUGGAAACUUAAUUAUGGAAAAAACAAACAAAAACCUGUACCUUUUUUGUAAUUGUGGCACACUUGGGUGAUUUAGUGGCAAAUACAUUUCCCAACCGGCCUUUUAUUGAUUGCACUAACUCUAAGGCAGCUGGGAAGCGGAGUCCAUUUGUUGAUGAGUUCUGAUUGCCAUUUUGGAAUCUAACCUCCACUCCUUAGCUCAGUAUGCUAUCUCAGGUCCUCCCCUCAUUCUCCAACUCUCAGUCCAAAUAAAGCUGUUUCUCCUUGUC